AUGCACACUGAGGACUACAAGAGGAGAACUCGUCGCUAUCGUUUGAGAUAUGAUAGAUACCGGAAGGUUGCGAGUGCGACACACCGCGCUCCAUACCUCCACAUCAGGAGCCGCAGAGCAAGCAAAGAGGGAAUGAGGCUUUCGCGUCAGCAUAACUACUAUCAGAAUAUCCAAAAUGCCUGUCCAAGCCCAGCAAAAUCCAAACCAAGCAGCCAUAAUUACACUGCCACAGAUGGGUUUUCUCCUUUCAAUCCUGGCCUGCGGGUCCAUGAGAUGUCCAAGUCGCAACCACCACCAUCAUCAUCAUCAUCAUCAUCAUCAUCAUCAUCAUCAUCAUCAUCAUCAUCAUCAUCAUCAUCAUCAUCAUCAUCAUCAUCAUCAUCAUCAUCAUCAUCAUCAUCAUCAUCAUCAUCAUCAUCAUCAUCAUCAUCAUCAUCAUCAUCAUCAUCAUCAUCAUCAUCAUCAUCAUCAUCAUCAUCAUCAUCAUCAUCAUCAUCAUCAUCAUCAUCAUCAUCAUCAUCAUCAUCAUCAUCAUCAUCACCACUACGACAGUCACUCUAG